AUGAGGAACUCAACUCCUUCAUCACAACCAACUCUAGCAGCAACGUGGAGGGGAGUUUCACCCUUCUUGUUGGUGGUCCAAAACAAUGGCGAUUGUGGUGGGGAUUUGUUUGAAGAAAUCUAUGUGCUUGAACUCAGCGGCAAUGUGAAGUGUAUUAUUGUCCAUAGGCGUUUUCUGAUGGAGAAGAUCAUCUGGUACGGUGUAUCUUCUAGUAGUCUCACUGUAUUGGACUGGACUUCAAUUAAAAUGGACAAGAGUACUAGCCGUUGUAUGGUGAGCCACAUAUUGCGCCGCCUAGACCGCCUAGCUCCCGCCUAG